AAAAAAAAAAAAAAAAAAAAACCCAGAGACAGGAUGUCUGAAUACCCAGAGAUAAAGAUGUCAGUGAAAUAUCUUGGAAUAUUUUAGAGGGAUAUAAUAAAUUCUUGAGGACAGAAGAUAAUCAGGAGGUCUACUCUCUUGUUUAUCUUGCUUGGGCUAACGAUUUAUAACCUUACAGUAAUUGGUCCUCAGCCUUCAUGGACCAGAGGGAGAUUUACAGCUUAGGGGAGUAAUUAGGGAGACUGAAACAAGGGAAACUUGUACAAGGAAACUGAGUCAGGACAGUUAAAGAGAACUGUGGCAUAACACCUAAGUCCUUAAUAAAGUGCCUGGCACAAACUAGGUAUAUAAUAAAUAUUAUUGACUGACUUAAUAAAAAGAUUAGACACAUUCCAUAAUUGGAAUUAUUCAUUGAAAAGGGAACCCCAAAGGAAGAAACACACACAUACUACCAAUUGUUUUUUUUUCUAAUUAAAGUUUCUAGAAAGUCAAUAUUUACAAAUUGGAAGCAAUCUCAAUAUCAAGGACAAAUGUUUUCUCUUUUUAUUUACGGUUAUACAGUGAACACAUUAAAAUGACAUAUGGCGACGGGAAGGGAGGGGAGUGGGGAGAGGAGAGGGGAGAGAGAACGAGCAAAAGAACCAAAACAAGAACUGAGUUAGAGGGUUCAAAGUACACACUUUAAAAAUCAGAGAAAUAGGGGGAUGAAAAGCGGACCAAUCACGUCAUAGCGCGGGAUUUCGAAAAUUCCCCUAAACCAAUCAUGUAACAGCUCAGUAAGUUUGGGUCCUAUAAAUAGAGAGCGGCAGCCCUCUUUCUUACAUUUCUUACAUCCUAUUUCUUUGUCCCCUGAAAAAUGGCUCGUACCAAGCAAACCGCUAGGAAGUCUACGGGAGGCAAGGCUCCCCGAAAACAACUCGCUACUAAAGCAGCUCGGAAAAGCGCUCCCGCUACUGGUGGCGUGAAGAAACCUCACCGCUAUCGUCCUGGUACUGUGGCUCUGCGAGAAAUUCGCCGCUACCAGAAAUCAACCGAGCUUCUUGUUCGGAAGCUUCCCUUCCAACGGUUGGUUCGCGAGAUCGCUCAGGACUUCAAGACUGACCUUCGCUUCCAAAGCUCGGCCGUAAUGGCCUUGCAGGAAGCCAGCGAAGCCUACCUUGUGGGGCUGUUUGAGGAUACUAAUUUGUGCGCCAUCCAUGCCAAGCGGGUAACCAUUAUGCCCAAGGACAUCCAGCUGGCUCGCCGCAUUCGUGGAGAGAGGGUUGGUUUUUCUAUAUUACUUGAAAUGGCUCGUACUAAGCAAACUGCGCGGAAAUCUACUGGUGGUAAAGCUCCCCGGAAGCAGCUGGCUACAAAAGCAGCUCGUAAGAGCGCACCAGCUACUGGCGGUGUGAAGAAGCCUCACCGUUACAGGCCUGGCACCGUGGCUCUGCGAGAGAUCCGCCGCUAUCAAAAGUCAACCGAACUGCUGAUCCGCAAAUUGCCUUUUCAGCGGCUGGUGCGUGAGAUCGCUCAGGAUUUCAAGACUGAUCUUCGCUUCCAAAGUUCAGCAGUGAUGGCUUUGCAGGAGGCCAGCGAAGCGUACCUUGUGGGGCUGUUUGAGGAUACCAAUUUGUGCGCCAUUCACGCCAAACGGGUGACCAUCAUGCCCAAGGAUAUCCAGCUAGCUCGCCGUAUCCGCGGAGAGAGAGCUUAAACUAUCAGCAGUCUUUGAAAAGCCGUACCUAAAGGCUCUUAUCAGAGCCACCUAUAGUUUCCCCAGAUAACUGUAACGCUUUUUGGUUUGAAUGUUGUUUGCACUGUCUCUCGGUUGCUUGCGUUUUUCAAAUUUUACCGCAGAUUGGUUCAGGGACGACUGCUUUGGCCAUUUGCUUUCGCAACAACUAUUAGGCUCUCCACACUCACGUUGGCCUUGUGACUAAAACAGAUUUUCUCAAAUUGAGAGAGGAGGGCGCAGUGGAAUAGGAAAGGAAAUACGCAAAAUUUACCAAAGCCUUUGGAAUUUUGAAAUUUGUAUGUAAAAUCUCAGCAGGGAGUCAUGUUAUUUUGCUUUGCAGUCUCAAUCUUCAAAUUCAUUUUUAAAUGUCUUUUCGGGUGAAUUGGAUUCAAAUAACAAGACCACUCAACAUUGUCAGGAAUUUAGGCAAGGGCUAAACUCAACUGAAAUUAGUGGAUGCGAAAAGAUGUGAGCCAAGAAUACCUAGUGUCUUAAUUCUAAAUGCUUAGUUCCUAAUUUACUUAACUUUGAACUAGUCUUCAUCUACAUUUGUUUGCUCACGGAGAAUUGAACUAGAAGCCGAAAGUUCUUUCCAGUUCUAAAUCUGUAUAACAUUUUUUUGUAUAUGAAAAAUUCCUUUAUCAGCAGAUAGUAAUUGGCCUCGUUUUUUUUUUUUUUGUUUUGUUUUGUAAAAUGGAUCUUAAAAGAGUUGUUAGGGUUGAAAGGGUUAACAAAAUGAUUAUAUACAUAUAUAUAUAUAAUUUGAUUUAUUUAUUUUUGGGGGGGGGGGGCAUUUGAGUCCCUCUAAGUAAAUGGGGCAGCUGAGUUAAGUUACACGGGAUAGAAUGCUGGUUAUGGAAACCUGAAAACUGAGUUCAAAUUUUACCUUGAACACUUGUAACCAGUUCACUUAAUCCUGUUUGCCUUCGUUUCUUAAUCUAUUAAAUGAGAUGGAAAAGAUGGUAAAUUACUCCAGUAGCUUUACCAAGAAAACCCAUAGUGGGAUCAUGAAGAAUUCCAUAUAACUGAAUAUUUGAUGAGCAUUAAUCAACUUUGUUUCUAUUUUUUGCUACCACAAAUGGUUUAUUAUGAGUAUUUUGGUUUAUAUGGGACUUCCUGGGUAUGACAAGGAGAUAUAUGCCUAAUAGUGGAAUCUCUAGCUAUAAGAGAAUGGGAACAUAGAACAAUGAUCAGGAGUCAAAGGAUAUGGGUUCAAAUGCUACUUCUUGCUACCUAUGGGACUUUGGCCAAAGUCGCUUGAUCUUCAGUCUUGCGGUUUUUCAUCUAUAGAAAUAAAGUAAAUAGUGUUUUAA